GGCGUAUUGAUUGGCCGUGGGGCGACUGCGCGUCCGCAAAACCAACAUGUUGGUAAAUCUCCAUCCGCUAAAAACUGGAAAAUCUCGUCGAAUCCCGGCUAAUUUUUUACGAUAGAAUAUAAUGAGGUUUCUCCAAUUAGGCGGUGCGGUCCGUGGGAUCGGUCAGAGGGGGUGUUAGUGCGAUUUUCGGGACUAUAGGGAGGUGGUGACCCACGAUUGAUUUGCCCCCUUUUUAAUCGGUCCCGUCCUUUAGAAUUUAUGCAUUAUGGAACCCGGACCCAAUAAAAAAUCAUGGCACCAGAAACGCAUGGGACCCGCACCGUUUGCAUCCUUUGAAGACCUCUCAGAUGAGGUGAGGGCUCGCACAGUUAGCCCGGAAGAAAAAGAAAUAAACGUGAUCCGACUGCCCGGCAUUUCCGAAGACUUGACGCCCUCUCCAGACGUAGAGACUCGACGACACCCGGGCAUCAGCUUAGUUAGUCAACUGACCGUAAGGGAGUCAACCUCGCCCUCGACCUCGCCGAAUAGUAUGCACCAAUGCGGCUCCAAAAUGAAACUGGGCAAUACGCCCAGGAUAGAUAUAUCCAGGGCUAGUAGCUCGUCCCAUUACGAUAGCAGAGAUAGCAGUCCUGAGCGAGAGAUUAUUUUUGAAAGUAGCGAUCCAAAUUCUACAAAACUCGGCUUAGGAUUCAAAGAGGACGACGCUCUUGAACUGCGACUUUCUACUGAAGAACUGGACUUUCACGACGUCGCCGAGACAAAAACGCACAUCUACAAACAUCGUUCCGCCUCGCCGGAGUUCGACGAGCUGUGCAUCAAUAACAAUUAUACCAGCAACAAUCGAAAAGACUCUCAGUGCUCCGACGUUAUUUUACUGUCGAUAUCAGGCAGAACGUCCCGUUUAUCCAGCAUAGGUAGCCAAGGAUCUGGUCAAAGCCGCUUAUCCAACGCCAGUCACAUUUCCGUGACCUCGGGUCACUCAGCUUAUUCCCAGUGUUCAUCCCCACAUAAAACUUUACUCGAAACCUCGUUUUGCGGAUUUAAAAGUUCCCAGACUAACAUAAUGACAGAUUUUUCGGAUCCAAAAGGUGACACGGAUUUGGAGAAAGCGAUUUUGUCCAGGAACCACAAUUCUACUGAGGCCAUUGUAGCUGAGGGGCUAGUUAGGAAGGCGCCACCUAUUAAAAUUGAGUCUGCUACCCCGUUAAAACAGAAAAGCACUGAGAACAAACUGGACGAUAAACCGAAGUUGCCACGUAGAAUCGUAUCCAAGAGUGGAGUAGAAUAUAUUUAUAUUCCACUUAAGGGUCCCUUACCAGCAGAUGAUAGUGUAGAGAAAUCUGCUUUAGAAGUUUCCAGACGUGAGCCAAGACCUUCUUCAUCUAGUAGCUCUUCACAUAAUAAGCCGAGAAGAAAAGCUGAACGAUCUAGCAGUAGAACACCCGCGAAAGCAACAGAAAAAAAAACUGAACAUACCCGCAGGCCAACCCCCGAUACUUUAGAUAGAAUACAAACAGUUACAGAACCCAAGUAUAUUAGGAUUAGACUUAAGCCUGAUCAUUGCUAUGAAGAUUACGAUCCUUCGAAAGAAACCAAAAUCACUAAAACCUCUAACUUGAGUUUAUCUUUACAUAGUCCCACUGUAGGGCAUGCAGAUAACAGUUUCCAUGUUAUCCAGCACCACGCAAGAAGUUUAACAAACAGUCCUAAACUUUUACGGAAAGAACCUGGUGGAAUCAGUCCAUCCCAAUCAUUGCCAAGAAGAAACUCUUUUGCUACACUAUUUAGAUCAGGCUCAGACGUUUCAAGUUCAUCAAAAACAAAGAGGAAAACCACAUUUACGGGGUGUAUUGAAGUGAGACACAGAAAAAAUACUUCCGCCUGCGUGUCUUCUAAUGAAAGUGUCGAUAGCAAAGGCAAGCAAAAGUCUGUGCUAUCUUUAUUUAAAUUUUCAAACAAAGACAAGUCUAAGUCAGCCGAAGCCACUCCGGAAAAAAUUAACCGGACUCCAGCCAAGCCUCGACCUACCAGGCAAGAAAAACCGGAUAAACCUCUUCAAAGUGAAAGUAUUAGGAUACCUCUGCACUCACCAAAUUAUUAUGAAGAAAAAUCCUUAUUGCAAGAGGUGCAAACUUCAAGUCAAGACUCACAAGUUACCGUGGUAGAAGUAGAACCACCACACAAGCCAAAGAUUGAUAUGGUGCCAGUUUCUGAAGAAACGAUUCAAAUUGUAGAAGCAAUUAGUGUAGAAAUUAGUAAAAAAACAGAUUUAGCCGCAAAAGAAAAAGAAGUAGUCGAACAGAACAAUGAACAACCAAAAAACGACGUGGCUACUACUGUGAUAACUGUUGAAGUAGAAGCUACUCAGUCUGAUAAAGAUAUUCUAAAUUUUCCAAGAGAACUAAGUGGUCUCAGCCCUAAAGAAGAAAUCGAUGUGAAAAACUUAUCGCUAGAUUUAACAGAUAGUUUAAAAAAUGUAGAAGCUCAAUCGGUGGGUUCCUUCGAAGGUCACAACUCGUCUGAAUCUGAACGAGACAUGGAAAUAGAAAAAGAAUACAGAAAAUGUGAUAAACCUUUACUUUCUACCAAUGAGUCGGUAGAAAGUGAACGUAAAGCUGUCAUAAGUCAGCAGAAUUCUUUUGAAGAUGAACUGCCUUAUGUACCGACAACACUUCCUCAAGAACGAUCAGCCGCUUUACCAAUAUUACCUAUAAGGCAAAGAAGUGCAUUAGACAUGUCAACUUGCUCCAUAGAACGUCCUAGAUCUACCACGCCCAUUCACUCCAGCGGCUUAGAUAGCUUUGUUGAUAGCUUCGAAGUGAAAUUCGAACCGACAGCUUCAGUAGUGACAACUUGUCCGGAGAAGUUGAAAAUUUCCUUGCCAAGAGCUGAGUCCUGCAAAGCAAAGUGCCAAUCAGAAGAAGUCCUCAGGGAGUUGAAAAGGGGCAAGCUGAGGAACGAAAAGACUAUCGACGUGCCUCCUCCGUUGCCCGCCAAGGGUAUUCAAAAAAGCUGGAUUAAUUUUGAAGAAGUUCCUGAGCGUAGAAAGCCUCCAAAGCGCAUACAGACGAUUCCUUCUAGAGGACAAAUCGAUAUAACCGGACUGGUUAAAGAUAAUAUUGUAUAUACUUACGUGAAUCCUGAAGAGUGCAAGUGUGAAUGUCACGAACAUAAAGAGGGUGAUGCCAAAGUGAUCCAGAAAGAUGAGGAAUUGCUAAGUACAGAGAAAAAUGGGGCACAUGUAGCCAGAUAGGAUAAUGUUAGUUAUGUAAUUGGUCACGAUGAUUUGAACCUUGUGAUAUACUACUUUUAAAAAAUCAUUAAUAUCAAGACUGGCCGGUUUUGAAAAUACUAAUAGCAGUCUUAGAAUGCGAUUGUUUUAAGCGGAUUUUCGGAAGAUUUUUUUGAUUCUCUAGGUUAAGUAUGAAAAAUUUAUAAAUAACGUUUUAAGACAUGUUAAAGGUAAGAAAAAUCGAUAUAAUCGUUAAACAAAUGUUAAGCAAUACUCUAUUGUUGGUUUCGAAAUUCCUAUGUAAAUUCCCUUAAAAGAUCAUUGUUAAUU